AUGACUGACAUAAUUAAUGUUUUAGAAAAACCAAUGAUGGAUGAAAGAAUUAUAAAAAAAGAUUAUCAUACAUAUACACCAUAUAUUCAGUCAUUUAAUAAUAAUGUUGAAAUUCGCAUUUCAAUACAAAAUCAAGAUUUAUAUGUUUUACCGAGUGAAAGCUUUUUGUAUAUUGAAGGUACUGUGUUAGAUGCUACAAGUGGUCUAAAAUCGAAAAACUUUAAAUUGAAAAAUAAUUUUGUACCCAAUUUAUUUGAGGAGAUUCGUUAUGAGCUUAAUGGCGUCGAAAUAGAUCGCACUCGACAUUUGGGUGUUUCUAGCACAAUUAAAAAUUAUCUAUCCCUAAAUGACAGCGAAAGUAUUAUGAUGGGGAAUGCAAGCUGGUCUUAUGACAAAGACAUCGAUGUUGGUGAAGGAUUUUUCAACUUUUAUGUCCCGCUUAAAUCAUUAUUAGGAUUUGCUGAGGAUUAUAAUAAAAUUAUGUUGAAUUGUAAACAUGAAUUAAUAUUAUUACGUACCAAAAAUGAUGAUAAUAUUGUAAAUUCUAAUCAAACUACUGAAAAACCAAAAAUUACAAUUCAAAAUAUUACAUUUCGUAGUUGGGAUUGCCACUAUCAUCCUCAACUAUCAGCAUCACAAAAUCAUAUUUGGAAUGUGAAACUAGCUGCAAACAGGGAACGUCCACGUUUUGUACUAAUUGCUUUUAAACAUAACAAUAAGCUUACCCAUUCAAAUCUUAACAAUAUUAAAGUACAUUUAAAUUCAGACUCAUAUCCCUAUGAUGACUUAAAUGUUAAAUUUGAUAAUCAACGUUUUGCCAUUCUAUAUGAUAUGUAUGUUAAAUUUCAACAAAAUUUUUAUAUGAGGGAGGCUCAACCACUCCUCUCAGCUGAAGAAUUUAAGGAAAAAGCACCUAUAAUCGUGAUUGAUGUUAGUCAUCAAAAUGAAGCAGUCACAACAGGCCCAAUUGAUAUAAAAGUUGAGUUUUCUACAGAUAAAAUAGUAGAGGCCAAUACAUCUGCAUACUGUUUACUCAUACAUGAUCGUUUAAUCGAAUACUCACCCCUUACAGCUUCAGUCAAAAAAAUUGUUUAA